AUGUGGUGUAAAGUCGGUUGUAUGAGUGAACGAGACGAUUUUGCCGAAUUAGUCGGCAAUGCUCGCAAUGUAACUAAAUGUUCAUCGUUUUAUUUUAAUGGUCGUAUUCGCUAUGGAACCAAAGGUGAAAAAGUUGAAGAAAGACUUCUGUGUAUGGAUGCCGUUCGAGUUUACAUCGGUUCAAUUAAAACUCCUGUUAAAAUUGAAUCACAAUUUAAUAUUCUUUCAAUUAAAUUAAUCGAUUGUAUAUCUGAUUCUCAUAUUUUAAUCGAAACAGAUGAAAAACAAACUCAUACUUUAUAUGGUCUUCAUGAUAAAUCAUCAUUACAACCAUUUCUUAUUGUACUUAUUCGAAAUUUACAUGCGAUUUUUCCUCAUAAACUACAAGCAAUUGUGGAAAUUCGACCUGAGAAUGAAUAUGAGAAAUUAUUACGUUUAUCAAAUGAAUAUUGUCAAGAUAUAAAUAUAAUGUCUAGUGAAUUACGUCCUUGUGGAGGUUUUUCUUUACGUUAUGAAUGUGCUUGUGAUUUUUAUCAGACACCAUGCAAUAAAGCAGUGUAUAAUCUUGUUGAUACAGUAUUUGCACAUCGAAUAUCACAUGAAUUUACAUUUCGAGAAUUUGAAUCACUCUCUCAAAAAGACUGGUUACCUAUUAUUUGUGCUUUACGUUAUAAUGAUUGGUUUACAAAAAUAACAAUCGAAAAUACAAAACUAACAUCCGAAAAUAUUGAUGAACUUUGUACAGUCAUUCGUUUAUCUAAAACAAUACGAGAUUUACGUUUAGUCAAUUGUGGUCUUAGACAUGAUUUUUGUACCCGUUUUACUCACGCAUUAUCUAUUAGUCAUAUCGAAACUAUUGAUUUAUCGCAUAAUACACUUGAAGAUAAAGGUUUAAUCGCAUUAAGUUCAUCAUUGCAACAAUGUAAAUCACCAAUUACAUCUAUAAAUUUACAAUCAUGUUCACUAACACAUAAAAGUUUACAUGUAUUUAAUGCAGCAUUAAUAAAUAAUACUAAUUUAUUAAAAAAUCUUAAGUGUCUUAAUCUAUCAGGAAAUCGUAUAAAAGAAGAAAAUUGUAUAACAAUUUUAUUUCAAAAUAAUGAAAAUAUAUUAGAAGAAUUACAUUUAAGUGAUAUUGAAUUUAGUCUUGAAUCGUUUUUCCAUUCGUUAGCAACAACAUCAUGUAAACUUCGUCGAUUAUUUAUAACAUCGAUUAAAUCUUUAAUUUUACCAACAACAACUGGUGGUGUAAGAUUAUUUUUUACUAAUAAUCAAACAUUAGAAAUUCUCCAAAUAUCAAAUGCAAAUUUAUCGAUUGAUUUUCUUAAAGAAUUAUGUGAUGGACUUCAUUCAAAUGUUUUUCUAAAUAAACUUGAUUUACGUCUUUCGGGUAAUCCACUUGAAACAUUUAUUCAUGAAUAUGCACCAAGAUUUGCAACAAUUCCAAGUUUAACAUCAUUGGAUAUUAGUGGAUGCGAUGUGGACAACGAAAUUUCAUUUCUAUUAGGCGAAUUAAAGAAAAAUCGAAAAUUGAAAUCACUUUAUCUUGGAAGAAAUUUUUAUAAUAUAAAACACAAGAAUAUGCAGCGAACAAUUAGUGCAAUGAAAGAUCUUGUCUUAGACAGUGAUCUUGAAUGUUUAUCAAUAGCGGACUCAAAAUUGAAAGAAAAUACAAUAGAUUUUCUUCUAGCUUUAACAAAUAAUGCAUCGCUUAAAAUACUUGAUAUUCGAGGAAAUUUAAUGGGUGAUACAGGUGCUCGUGUAAUAACACAUAUAUUACAAAUGAAUUCUCAUUUACAUACAAUAUAUUUCGAUCGAAAUCUUCUUUCUUUAAACAGUUUCGAAGAUAUUGUUAAUGCAAUGGAAGAAAAUCAUACCAUCCAAUAUUUUCAUAUACCAAUAACGGAUAUAAUUCUAAUGAAAACAACUGAAAAAGAACGAAUGGAAAAAGUACAAAUAUUAAUGAAUAAACUUGAUUUAAUUUGUACAAGAAAUCAACAACAAAAAAAUGAUUUAAUUCCUCCUGAUUCUUUACUUCUAACAACUGCAGCUAAUUUAACUCGAGAAAUAAAUUCAUCAUGGGAGAAUCAACAACAAUUAAUUGGAAAUCAAGCAUCACUUGAUUAUAUCUCAUCAUGUUCAAAUAGAAUAAACAAUAAUAAUACUCCAACAACAAAUAAUAGUGAUUUAAAUUCAAUUUUAUUACGAACAAUUAAUAUACCAAAAAUUUCAUCUCAAUUAUAUCAGUCAUAUAUUGACGAAGAAGAACAAUUGAAAGAUGAAUGGAAUGAAAUGUGUCAAAUAUUUAAACAAAAAUUUAUUGAAAAAAACGAACGUUUAUCAAGAAAAUUUUAUCAACUAUUCAAAGAACAAACAACAAUCAAUUAUGAUGAUAAACUUCAAGAACAAGUUCGAAUAUUUUUCGCUAAUUCAAAUGAUAAUAUAGAUCAAUUAUUAAAUAAAGAAAUACCAAAUAGAUUCAUAGCAUAUUCACGGCAAUGUUAUAUUGAUGUAGCAACAUGUUUACAAAAACGAGCAUAUGAUACAACAAGUGAUACAGUUUUAGAUAUGCAAAAACAAUUAGAAAAGCGUAUGUUCCCUUCAAAUAAUGCUCAACAAGGAUCAAUGCUAGCAGAUGGACAACUACAUACAUCACCAUCUACUCUUGAUCGUUCUUUAAAUCGUAAUCGACAAAUAAAAAAUGCUGAUUCCAAUGAAAGUGUUACAGAUCCUUCACCAAAAUCAACUCGAUCUUUGGCUCGUAAUAUAAAUGAGAAAGAUAAUCGUUUAACAACAUCUACGCAAAAUAAUAAAGGUCCAACUCCUGCUUCACCUAAACCAUUAGCUUCUGAUUGGCGUAAAUCUCUCCUAGUUAAUACUAAUGAUCAAGAACCUAUGUCAUCUAUAAUUGAUCCAAUCUAUGGCAAUGUACAUGUUUCACAGCAAAUUAAAACAAAAGAAUUAUCAAUUGAAGAUGAAGGUGAUCUUAUUGAACAUGAUCUACUUGAUUUAGUUGAACAAGAACAACAGAAAGAACAACAAAAAGAUAUACCACCUGCAUUACCUGCUAAAAAACGAACUGUAACUUCAACUUCGCUUACUCCAGUACAAGAUAAUAAUUUUGAUGUUGACAUUGAACCACCUGUGAAAUUAGUUCAUCUAGGUAAGGAUCGUCCUCGUCGUAGUAAUGUUCGACGACCAGUGAAACGAUCAACGAAUGGUAUUACACAUGAUAAUAGUUCAUCUGAUGGUGGUCUUUUAACCGAUGAUAAUGAUGAUAAUAGUAUUGGAGAUAUACAUCUUCAAGCAUCAAGUGAACCCCAAAUAAAUCCAUCUAUUGAUUCACAGAUAACAGAAUCAGCAACACCAGCAAUUACAAAAUUUCUUAAAUCAGCAUUAAAACCAUCGAAAACAACAAAUGAUGAAUCAAUUGUAAUAACAAAUAAAAAUCUUCAACAUAUACCAAUACCUCAACCUCGUCCAUCAGCAAUUAAUUCUAUGUCAAAAUCAAUGACUCUAGCAAAUAAUGAUUCACCACAAAUAUUUAAUUCAGAUUCAUCAAAUGGAUCAUCCCACACAAAACCUUCGAUGUCAACAAGUUUAUAUUCAUCGUUAUUACCAUCAAAUACUCUUGAACACAAGAAUAUAACCAAUUCUGUAGAAUCAAUUUCAUCAUCAUCAAUACCACCAGUAUUAGCUCGAACAGGCAAAGUAACAGGUGGUACUCGAGUACUUCCCAUUCUUGAUCCAAAUACCGACGCACCACCAAUUAAAUUAAGACAUUACCAUGCGGAGAAAAAAGUUCCUCAUGGAGUUAAUUCACCCUCAAUAGAAACUACUACUACAACUACUACUGCAACUACAUCAGAUACUGUUAAUAAUAGUACUGUUGACGUACCUGCUACUGCUUCUUCUCCAUCAACACCUCAUACUGACGAUCAAAAUGAACAGUAUAAACGGUUAUCCGUGAAAGAGCGAGCACGUAUGUUAACAACAACACUUCCUGUAAUGACACCUGUUGAUAAAAAAGUACUAACAUCAACAAAUACUACAACAAUAUCAUCACAACCUCCGCCUUAUACACCUCGUACGUAUCGUCGAAUAAUUGAACAAGUCAAUCUAUUCUGUUGA